AUGGCUACCCGUGAUGCCCCCGGUUCCUCCCGGGACACAGUUAUAAACAUUAGCAGCGAUUCAAAUUCCGAUUCGCCCUAUGGCCGAAGCCGUCAUCCUACUGUUAACGCACCGCUGCCAAUAUGCCAAUGGCGGAACUCGACCUUUCACGAUCAGGAAUGCUCCCGCUACUUUGACUGCCCUACACACAUGGUGGAGCGAGUGAUAUCGGACGGCGAAUCGGAGGAUGAUGAGGAAGGUAGGGCACGCCUAGAUCAACCAGACGAAUCCGACGAGGAACACUCACAACCUGGGGAUGUGUCUCCUCUGAGCGAGAGCGAGGAUGAGGGAGGUGUGGUCAUGUCCAGCCCGGAUGCUUCUCGGGGUGUUUCACCUUUGCCGAGCCCGGCAAGAGGCGGGCAUGAAACAGGGCCGUUGGCGGGAACAGACUAUCCUCCCAUACCGGGGGAACAACCGGGGGACGACACAUUGCCAGCCAACACUGGGAAUUUACCUACAACACCGCUCGUGGGGUCGGCCGAAAACCCAAUCACCCUCGAUGAUUCCCCUGUGCAAACAAGAGGCCAGCCACUGCUUGGGUAUUUUGCACAGCGUGCUACAAGUACCGACGAGUAUGGGUCAGGGACGGCAACCACGCCGAGCCCUGGACCCUCGCGUGGCGGUGUACCAUCGAGACUGCGCGAGGUAUUCGAAAAUCCACCAACUCCCACCACAGAUCUUUCACCAAGGUUGGUACGAGGUCUGUCUCAACAACCACCUCCGGCACAGCGCAGGGUGUUGGAGGAGAUAGUGCUGCCCCGGUGGCAGCCAGAUGCCGAGGUGACCUACUGUCCCAUUUGCCAUACUCAGUUCAGCAUAUUUGUUAGGAAGCAUCAUUGCAGAAAAUGCGGGCGCGUCGUGUGUAAUUCGUGCUCGCCCCAUAGAAUCACAAUCCCGUACCAGUAUAUCGUACAGCCGGCCGGCACACCCCGUCUAGCUCCGAGGUACCCGGGCUCGUUUUUAGGUGGAGACCCGCGAUCCCCAGACUUCAGUGCCCUCGGCGGCGGCGAGCGGGUCAGGUUAUGCAACCCCUGUGUUCCAGAUCCCAACACGGCUCCGCCGCAAACGCAAGCCCAGGGGUCAAGCCAUUCGAGGUCUCACAGCAACGUCGCCGGUGGAUCUGGGGGCAGUGGCAGUGAGGCCGCCUCGCCCGGAUACAACAACAGAUGGAGCUCGUAUUUCGGGCCGUCGAGCCCAUCCGAUGGGCAGUCCAGACAUAGAAGUGUAACUCUGGUUCCCGCAUCAUGUCCGGCACCCCGCCGGUAUACUACCAGUCCGGCUCCUCUGCCCAUUCUCACCCGUAUCGUGGGCCAACAUCACAACAACGGUACCGGUCUCUACUUGAUAUCGGUGAGCGGCCUGGACCAUCGGCUGGACCGUCCUCAUCAUCCAGCCCCGACAUCAACCGCCGUCUACCUCCCACUCCACGAUCACACAACCACCACCAUCAUCAUCAACACAUCAUUCCCGAGGAAGAUGAGUGUCCGGUCUGCCAUAGGGAGCUUCCAUCACGAACCCUUCCCAACUUCGAGACCCUGCGUGAAUCCCACAUAA